AUGCCCGCCAAGCGCAAGUCUUCCAAAGCUGCGGCUUCCGCCGACCACCUGCACCCGGCCUCGGCAGCAGCAGCAGCAUCAGCCGCUUCCCAGUCCAAGCCCACCUCGGGCUCGUCGUCCUCGUCCAGUGUUUCCACCGUCAACGGUGGCAGCAGCAGCAAACCUGCUGGCGCUGGCAAGCCCGCCCGCGCUGCGCGACCGGAUCCCUACGCCAACAGCGGCCGCACAUGGAACCCGAUCAAGCUCAUUGAGCGCGCCCUCUUCCGCACCUACUGGAACAUCGAGGCGACGUUUGUGCUGUCGAUGCUCGAGGCCUGGGAGGUGUUCCUCGUGAUCGUCGUCGUGUUUACGCUCACGGCGCUGCUGUGGUACUCGCUCAUCCACUACUUCCCGCGCCACGCUCAGCAGGUCGCAACGCGCGCACUCUACUACGUCUACGGCAACUCGCCCCCGCCUCAGCUCGCCGCCGCCGUCACGGCCAACGCCUCCGAGGCUGUUGCCAACACCGCCAACGCAGCAGCAGCACAGCAGGGCGUGCUCGAGAAACUCGUCGCGAGCACAAACCAGCUCUGGGCAAACCUCGAUCCCAAAGACGCCGCGCUCGAGUCCAACCCGGAGCUCGUAGACUCGCUCAUCGCCAACCUCAACAAACUCAAACACGCCAUCGCCAACAAGCCCGAUCUUUAA